AUCUGACAGCACGGCCACACGCCUGCCUGCGCUCAGCUCCCUACUCAGUUGCACUUUCGCUACACAAGUCGCAUCGCACCGGCACAGACUAUAAGCAGCCAUAAGAUGGCGCCGGCAUUUCCAUAACAGAAAGUGGGGCCGGGCAUGUGCGCUGUAGUGUUUGUGUGUUUGUAGGAAGGGCUCUCAAUAAAGUUUUCUGUAGCAAAAAGCUUUUUAAAAAAAAAUUAAACUUUUGGGCGGGAUUGGUUGGUGACAGCUGGAAGAAGAGUCUUUCAGCUGCUGCAAUGACAGCCAUGUCUGUGACUGGAAACUUCUUCAGUAAAUUAAGAUCUCUGGCAGUCACCCUAGAGAAGGAGACGGGCCAACUGGAGCAGCUGUUCAGCAGUGAAGAUAAUGAAUAUGAAGAGGAAUCGCCAAUGCGGGUCUUGCAUGACUUGCGUUCUGACAUAAUGGUUUUGAAGGGUGAUUUUCAAAGCACUCUCAAUAAGAGGCUUGCCAGAGGCCAGGAACUCUCCGCCUUCAUAAAAGCAUGCAGAGUCUUGCACGAGAGAACCGCAGCGGAUAUAGAGCAGAUAAAAGAGACAUUUCAGACCUACGGCUAUAAACCUCAGUGUAAUGCCAAUUCCGAGAGGGAGCAAACACAGGAAAGCGGUAAGCCUAAGGAGAAUGGAGUGAGCCCCAAUAAGGCAGAUGUAGAGGACCUGCAGGCUCUGCCUACCCUGGAGAAGACAGCAAGUACCUCAUGGGAUAUACUGCGGGCUCCCCAGCUCUCUGACUUUGGCCUUGCCCAUUAUCAACUACCGACAGCAUGGGAACCACCAAAAGUGAAACCGUGUAAGAAGGACCCAGAGGAGGAGAAACCAAGGAUCAUGUUGAAGGAUCCAGAACCAAUGAAUGUUGCUAAAACCCCAAAAUGUGCCCUUAGGCUUGAAGAGGAUUUUUCACAGAUCCAGCAUUUUGGCAUUAGUGAUUGCAGCACUAAUCUGAAUGAUGAUUAUACCAUGGCCCUGAUCAACAAGAAAUUCCAGAAAAACCAAAAUGUUACUGAAAAUGCUGCAAAAGAAACAUGCCAACCAAAGAACCUGAAAAGCCUUCUAGCGACUCCUUCCCAUCUGAGCCAUCGAAUGGAUUGGGUUGACUCUCCUCUGCCACCAGUGUUCUGUACCCCUGGUUUAAAGGUUCAUAAAAAGGAAAAAAUGUCACUGCCUGGGAAGCCUGCGGAAAAGAAAGGCCUGAAUGCAAACAACACUACAUUACCUUCUGAUACCUGUGAUAGGAACGACCCUGACAGUGCCCAUCUAGAAGAUGAUUAUGAAUGCACUGCCGUGAAGCCAGCAAUAGACUUUAAAAGCACUUCAGCUGCACCUGCCUAUCUCUCUCUCGGUUCUAAUAUCAAUAGUGUGUACUCUCCACGGCCCCCUGUCUUCUGCACCCCAGGGCUCAAAGUGCACAAGAAAGAAACCAGCUCUGUGUUAGCAGACCCUACAGAACCAAAGGGAACGGGCUGCACUGACACUCCGCCUUUGCCUUCCUUUCAAACCAACUGGCUGAAGAGUGAUGCUAAGGAAAAAGGCUUGGAUAUUACAGAACCAGUCCCUAGGCCGGACCUUUCCUACAGGCAGUGCCUGGAGGAACCCCCUACACUGGUUCUAAAUUCUAAUAAAUAUGAAGCCCCAGCAAUGAGGGAUUACUGCAUGGGAACACCUCCUCGCCCAGAAAUGACUGUCUCUUUAACAGAGGAUCUGUUUAAGUAUAAUGUGAAGCCAUCAUCUCCUCCUAAGGUGUCAGAGUAUGAAAACAUGCUUUGGACCCCCGUACGCCCUGAAAUGACGUCCUGCAUAACAGAGGAUAUUUCCCAGAUACUGUCCAAGUAUUGUGACAAUAAUAUGAAUCCGGCCGAUGGGAUAUGGGAUAAAGCAGGAGCUCCAUUUGGAAAAAUAAGCACAGAAUAUGAGAACAAAGAAAACAGACUGUAUUGAUUCGGAGUUCUCUGUAAAGAAGAUGGAGUUUUGGCCCCAUGCCACUCACUGCAAGUGUUUCUUUUAUAGACUGAGCAAUAUUUACAGAAGGCUUGAAAUUGUCAUUCGCUUACUAGUUAUGUUAUUGCCUUUAACAUUCUGUGAAUUGUAGUUCUACAGCAUCAGCAGUCAGCUUUGGGGAUAUUCUACAAUCUGACCCUAAAUAUGUGUUGGCCUGUGGUUUUGUAGGUUCAGUCAUUAUGUCGUUCUGAGUGAGACAAUGAAGCCAUGGGUGCGGGGGGCAUUAAAGCUUGGCUUCAUUUUCAGUUCUGGCAAUGCACAGCUGGUGCAGCCACACUAGAGAUCUGCCAGAUUGUGUGAGGUCCCUUGUGUGCAUAACUGAUCACUUUGAUUGGAAAUAUUAGUCUGACUGUGCCCAGAACAAAUACAUAUGACCACACACUAAUCCUUUCUAUGAAUCUAGAUCAACCCUUCACUUUCUGUGUGUCCUGUCUGGGACAGGCAUCUUUUUUUUCUUGCACAAUAAAUGAUUAACCCGU